AUGAGCGACACUGGGGAUAGCUCACAAGUUGGCGACACUAAAUUCUGGCAUCGUAAGAGCUGUGCAAAUCGCAUCUUUAUAGGGCCUUGGGAUAUUAGGGCGACGCCUGUUUCUCCCUCACUAUCGCCUGAACAAAUACUGCCAAACACCUACGACAGUAGCAACAGCUCUAUUCUAUUCGACUCGAGCAUGAGAUUUCUCAAUGAUCAAUCCAAUGCCAGCAGUGAUAGUUCGAUCAAAGCCAUGCAUCGAUCCUCGCGUAAAGAAAGUGCAAGUACCUCCUACAAAUCACCCAACUCGGAUCGGUCUCCUUUGGAUCAGCUAGUGACACCCAGUUCAGAUGGAACUAGCUUUAUUACUGCUCGAUCAAGACCCAACUCAAGUAUCUACAGCAGCAUCGACUCGCAAUCACACUAUCUAGAGCAAAUGGCCAAACAGCAGGAUGAGGACGAAGACGAGGAAAUCGAUUACAGUAUACUCAACUCGGGUAUGCAGAUUGGACAGCCGUCAUCAUCUACAUCGCCUCCAUCACCACCCAAAGAUAACAGUGAUGCUGAAUCCACCAAAACCAUUAGACCAAAUAAUAAAGGCAGCUCUCCCUUGGACGCAUCCCCAGCCCAACAUGAAGAUACCAUGGCCCCAACAGCAACAACGCCACCAAAAUCACCCUCCCCUCUCCCAUCUAUUCACAAAAAGAAACGAAAGACCAAAUACAUUCAUCGCAACAGCAACAAAAAGCCAUUGGUUUGGAAAAAGGCUGGAUCUGUGUUUGUGUCAAGGCUACCUACUGUGGUGACACCAGAGCCUGCAUCAAUCCCGACAGGAAGACCUAUCAAACGAGAGCCCAUCUUGUGUAUGCGAUCUGCAGCAGGAUGUCUCAGCAAUGAACCUACCCGCUACAAGGCAGCCAAAGAGGCAAGAUAUGAUUUGCUCACCGAGAAAUGGAGGCAGGUGGAGUUGGUGCUGACCUCAACUUACUUGACCACAUACUCGUCAUCUACUCUCUUCUGGCCAAAGCAACGAUUAGAACAUCGAAUCUACUUGGAAGGCAGUCGAAAACCCAAGCGACUGGAGCUGUUCUUACUCUCAGCGCUGGAUUACUCGUUUUGUCUGCGUUUCCAGUCUUCUUCUGGCCGUACACCCAUGGUAGUGACAAUGACAUUCAAGGCGAGAUCAUUCUUGAAAUGCCAAGAAUGGUACAUGCAACUGUACCAUAUGCUGCCUGCUGAAAACAAGCAUCCCAUGCCUGAAUGGUGUCAAGUCUACAUACCCAUUUUGGAUCUAUCCGUAAACCUACCAUUGGCCAAGAAGAACCGUGCUGUUACCAUGGAAGAUGUCAAGGAAGCUGUCAUCAGCAUACUGGAGGAUGAAGGCGAUAUGGUGCAACGCCUUGUACAUACAGACAAAAUUGACAGAAAUUUAUCCGUGGAUGAUUUGGGCUUAUGUUGGACGACCAAAGAUCGAGCUGAAUGGAUCUACUGGACACAUGCGGCGUCGGAUCCCAAGAAGCGCAUAGAUUAUGCUAUUUGCCCGCAAAAUAUCGAGCAAACGCACAGAUUGGAACUGAGACUCAUUGAGCAUACACCGCAUGACAUUAUACUUCGAGAAAACAUGGUGCUGAAGGAACCACCGCCUGUCGAGGGCUUCCUGUUGCGUCCUUUUGACUUUAAUGGCUCAACAAAUGCAUUCAGCAAAAUGAAGAUGAAGAUGAGUUACUUUGCGUCCUUUGAUCAGUACUUGUUCUACAUCCCAGCUGGUAGAGUGUCCUCGCCCAAUUUAGCAUGCUUCAUUGACGACCACCUGUUGCCGAAAAACAUCAGAGCACAGCCGUACGUAUCAGCGGUGUCUCCCUAUACAUCCACAAGCACGCAGGAUAUAGAAAUGGGCGAGGUGCUGCGGCGUAUGCGAUUAAUGACAGAAUCAAAGGGAGUGAUUGAUCUGACGGAAGUCUCUUAUGUACGAAGAACCUUUUCUGAUGAUACCGUGGACGCAGAAGAAGAGAAUGGCAUAUCAAGUCAACUGAGCCUGAGCAAACGCUCAAGUCGAUCACCCAUCUUACCAAACCACAGCAGUAGUCAGCCCAGACGCGAUAAGCAUGCAGGGAGACAAAGCAUCUUUUCCAACAAACAGAGCCGCAGGAAGCCUUGCUUGGAGAUGAUUAUGGAAAACGGUUUGCAGAUUCGCUUUGAAGUGUAUUCAAGCGAAACAUGCGAUUUAUGGGUGAAUUAUUUGGCACAGAUCGUUGUAUAUUGGAAAGCGCGCAAAGAAGCUGAAAAAGAUGCACACUCACACGACAAUUUCCUCACUCAACCAGCAAUUGAAAGUGAAAAUGCAUUCAUCAAAACUGGAGCCAACACAGAAGAUGGUUGCGCGCAUCAAAAUGAGAAAAAGGUAGCAGACACUCGUAUUUGGAGUUACUGUCUAUACGAGCAGUGCCGUGAUGUAGUGAAAUCUGGUAUUCUCUAUUACAAACCUCACAAGCGAGGCACCUACUCACAAAAGAUAUUCAUACUGACCGCCAAUGGAUGGAUCCUGUUCUUUGAUGUUUACAACCGCCAGUCAAACAAAAAGAUAUGCAGCCACGAGAAAAAGGGUGCUAUCGAUGUUGCAGGCUGUUACUUUUAUUCGGGUGUGGACUGUAGCAAGCAAAAGAAGGGAUCCAAUCAAGACAAUCAAUGGAAGAAAGCUGCUCGCAUCUACAGUAAUGGUUUAGCCACUGAUGACGAUGCAUUGUCAUGUAUCUUUUCCAUAUGGAAGCCUAAAUUGCGACGCUAUUUCAGCACCACCAAGCAAAGACUAAGAGUCUAUCGUCAUGAUCAGCGUCUCAACCCCAACGGUCAAACGUGGACAUUUCUGGCCAAGAGUCGAAGGGAAAAGGAAGAGUGGGUUUGUGCAUUGAAUACAGUGACUGAGCAUAUGAUUCGAAGCGAAAAUAGAUAG